AUGAGCGUCACUUCUCAGCCGGGCUCAGUGCGGCACAGUCGCCCGCGUCCUUCGUCCAUCUACGUCUCCGACGCCUCCAUCCUCCUGUCACACAAGAACCCCAUCAUGUCGCCAGACGACUCUUCCUCACCCGCCAGCGACACCCCAGACUUCAUCGACCACUACGCCAACCUCGAGCUCGAGCCCAACGCCUCCAUUGACGACGUCAAAGCCGCUUUCCGCCGCCUAAGGGGGCAGUACUUCACCACCAACGCAGCAAAGUACCGCGCGGCACAAGCGGCCUUCGACGUCCUAGCCAACCCCGCUGCACGACAAGACUACGAUUCGCUCUACCGCGCGCGCCCCUCGCCUACUACACAGAGCUUGGAUGAGCUCCUGGAUACGUCAAAGCAUGGCCGGACGGACAGCGCACACGGCGACGAGACCGCCAUGCCCGUGCUGUCAGAGGAAGAAGAGGCAGAAGUAGGCCGCAGCCAGGAUCCCAAUUGGGGCCUAAAGCGACACCGGAGGCUGUACGAGCCCGUCAUUGGCACGCAGCCAUAUGCGUCCUUCAUCCCCAUUGACGAGAUGUACGACGGUUUCCAGCGACAUCCGCUCCUGGGAUGCAGACGGCCCGUGUACAGGGGCGAGUUUGCUGUUUAUUCCAGGCCGAAUUGA